CAAUGACAAUGUCUAGUAUCGUCAUCAACAUCAUCAUUAUCAUCAUCAUGUAUUGAGCAUCAUUCAACUUUCAACUCAACUUGAAUACACGACAACUCUCAUUCCAAUGGUUUUUUUGUAUAUGAAGAUAAACAAAGAAAAAAACUAACUCUAAAUGUAUUUAACACGUUGUAUGUAAUUAGUGAGGCACACAGAGUAAAGUCAAUUGAUGAUGGAAGGAAACCUUUUGCUACCAUCAUCGUCAUCGUCAUCAUCACCAUUAACUCGGUCGUCUUCGUCAUCUUCUUCACCCUUCACUUGUUCACCAUUACAAGCUCCAAAUGAUCAUGUAAUUUGCACCAGUGUGAUAUGGUUGUGCUAAAGUUUUUCCCAGUGUUUGGUUAAAUAAUCUUGAAUAUAUCUCCAAUCAACAGCCAACAUCACAGCAACCAUAGUUUGUUUAACAAGGCAAAAUCUCUUUUUAUCUAGUCUCACCAGUUUCAUUUGUCUUUACAGUGUCUCUCUCCAUAAUAACAUGAUUUAUCGUUAAAGUUGUUGCCAUUUAUGAGUGAUUAACAUUAUUAAAACCAACCCGGAGUUGCCUUCAAUAUGAUUUUAAUUACCACCAGUUGUCAUUAAUACCAUUUGUUAACCAGUAAAACCUAACAAAAAAAGGUAUAAAUAGUUAAAUGAGAAUCAAAUAAGACACUACAAAAAACAAGGAUAAAUUUGGAGACGAAAAAAAAACGUGUUUACUUACAUUCUCUGUGUAGUGUGUUAUGCUGAUGAUGACGAUUUGAUUGAUCCUGGUGAAUUGGUGUUGACAAUUGUUAACCCUCAACGUGUAAACUAUUAUAAUCAAAGUGAAUUAAACAAAAAGUAGAAAAAAAUUAAAUUAAAAAUUACACAAAAAGCCUAAUAAACCAGAAGUGAAUAGAGCAAAGUUUAAGAUGGCGACUCUCGAAAGACCUUAUUAGUCAAUGAAGGAGUUAAACAAAGGAAAGCAUAAAUGACAUAAAGUUAACCAGAUUUAUGCUUUGUAUACCUAAUAGUGCUCUUUAUGCUUCUAAUCGCCGGCUCUUCAGCCUCAUGACAACAACCAUUAAUGUAUCUCAUUUAAUUGUUUAAUAUAUAUCCUUUACUCAGUCAAUUUUAAUCAGCUUAAUUUUUAUCUCUUCACAACAUUCAAUCAUCAAUCUAAAUUGUGUAAUAAUUGUUCCCAUUAUAUCGUUGAAAACAAAUGUUUUAAUUAUUGUGUACUUUCCAAUCAUCUUUACCAAUUGUUACCAAAAAGCUAACCAGAAAACAAAAAGCAAAACCAAAACAAAUGCUAUGUCUGUUAUGCAUUACAAAGCAAAAAGCUUCAACCCAAAGUAAUAUAUCCAUGUUAACGUUUUAAUUUAAUUUUAUUGCUGUUAAUUGUUUUAAUUUAAACAUUUUAAGUUAUUUCUCAAGUUUUUCAUUUAUCAUAAUUUAUUGUUGCUUGUAUCAACAUAUUAUUUUACAAGCUUGCAACAACCAAAACAAAGCAAAAACGCAAAUCAUAUCAACAAUAAUCAAAAACAAUGCUCAAAAGAGUCAAUUCACAUUUCAAAGUUCGUAAACCCAAUUUCCUAGAGGUUGGAUUAACUCCGGCUCAUCGAAGUAAGAGUUUAACUCAAAUUGAUUGUCUUGAACCUCCACCGUCUCAAAGGUUGAUGAAAGGUGAUGGACUUGGUGCAAGCGGUGUCAAUAUUAGCAACACUCCUGGAUCGGGUUCAACUGGUACAGUGUCUGGUGCUGGUGGAGUAAGUGAUAGUCAACAACAGCAACAUCACCAGAAAAGGUCGCCAUCAAAAUGUGACUCUUCACCUGAAUCAGGGGCUACACUUUUAAGUGAUCUUCAUUAUUCAAGUGAUCGCCUUGUUGUUCCAAGUUAUCAUCAUGCCUCUUCAUUGGGCCUUGAUGAGGAAGAUACGACUUUAUCGCGUUUUAAAAACGUUUCCCAACAACAACAUCAUCCCCAACAACAGCAACAACAACACCAUCAUCAACAACAAUCUUCACAACAACAACAUCAACAUCAUCCUCAACUUCAUCAUCAUCAUUCUUCAUCCUCAAUGCUAUCACAUCAUGAUAAUUUAACAUCGAGCCUUGAUCAAUACAAACCUGAAGAUGUAAUUUUAUCCCGAGGAUUUCAAUCAACAGGAUCUCGUAAGAGUUACCUCGAGGAAACUGGAAGCUCGUUAUCUCAUGAUGGUACAUUAAAGAGUUCCAAAGGAAGCCGAGGACAACUGGCUCGUCGAAGUGGUGGCAUCUUUUCCAAUCCAUUUAAAACGGAUCGAGAAAAGAUGGACCAAUUAACGGAAUUACUUAACUUGUACAGUGUUCAUGGUAUUCCAGACCAAGUGGGUCUUCUCAGAUUUGAAUCAGAGUUGGAUAAGUUAGAAGCAGCUCGUCAGAAAUUAAACAAUGGUGCAAAUUCAACAACAAGCACUUCUAGUAGUGUUUCUGGUGGUACUGGGUCAACUUUUAAUCUCAACAGUAGCAAUUCAAGUAUCUCCAUUAAACAGUUAAGUGAAGAAUCUCUUUUCCUUGAAGACCAUUGGCGAUGCAUUGUUACCAAUUGGGAAACUAUGCCAAAGAAACUGCAAAAUCAGCAAGACGCUAUCUGGGAACUUCUUCAUACCGAAGUUUUCUACAUUAAACGCCUCAGAGUUAUCGCUGAUCUAUUCCUAUCCUGUCUUUGUAACCUUCAAGGUGAAUGUCUUCUCAAUGAUAUCGAUACCGAGAAAAUGUUUUCCAAUAUAACGGACGUAUAUAAAGCAAAUCACUAUUUCUGGAUGCAUCAUCUAUUACCAAUGUUAAAAGCAUCCAGAGAAAAUCAUCAACCUCUCAAUCCAAUCAUCAUGAAAGAUGGCUUUCUCAAUUUUGAUGUUAUAUUCAGACCCUAUGUAAGAUACUGCCUGGAGCACAGCAAUUGCCUGCAUUAUGUAAAGGAAAAGCACAAAGAAAGUGAAUUAUUCAAAGCUUAUGUUGUGUGGUGUGAAACUCGGAAAGAUUGUGACAGAUUACGUUUAAUGGAUCUUCUUGUAAAACCUAUGCAAAGAUUAACAAAGUAUUCACUUCUUCUUAAAGCCAUUCUCAAAAAGACUGACGACGAUGACCAGAAAGCUGCCUUAAAGUCAAUGAAUUAUUCCGUUGAAAAAUUUGUAUGCCAGGUUGACGCUUGUCUCCGUCGGCGACAUGAUAUGGAAAAACUUGCCUCAAUUGUCAGCCGUAUUGAAAGUUAUGAUGCUCUUGAUAGUAGCAACGAUGAAGUUGAAAAGGUUCUCAAAGAGUUUACUCGACUAAAUCUUACCUGUCCAAUGCCUGGUUGUCUUAGUUCUCGAAUCCGUCAACUGCUGCUGGAAGGAUCAGGCUUAAAGCUUCGAGAUUCCUACACUUCAAGUAAAUUGGAUGUUCACUGUUUCCUUUUCACUGAUACCUUAUUAAUUUGUAAAUCAGUUGGACGUAAAGGUGAUAAGGUUAGAGUGAUUCGCCAGCCUUUCCUUGUUGAUCGUAUUGUUACCCAUGAAUUGAAAGAUGGAUCUGGUUUCAUUGUGAUAUAUUUAAAUGAAUUUAACGUUGCUAGUGCAUUUUUCACUCUUUACACCACCGAAACACGAACCUGGCUAGAACAUAUCAAACGAGCCCAAGAUCAUUAUGAAGAAGCAAAACAACAAUUGAUAAAAUCUCAGGAAAAGAAUAAAGCAAAGAGUGAUAUUGAAAAUGCCAAUGCUGAUGAUGCUAAAAUUGUCACCAAAAACGAUAGUAAUAACAAUAGUAAUAGUAGUAAUAAUAAUGAUAAUAUUAGUAAACCAACAUUGAAUCCGCUGGUUCGCACUGGAACUGGAACUGACAAUGAAAAUGAAAAUGAAAAUGACGAUGAUCCUGAUUUCCCAGGAACUGCACUAUUAGUUACCAAUCAAUCACCUCAAUCUUCUCGGUCUUCCCUGAUGCGUUCACAAUCUGGCUCUAUGGACAUUUCAGAGUCCAACUUUGCUCUUGGUUCAAGCUUAAUGAUUGUACCUUCAACAACACCCAACCUUUUAUCUCAAAACUAUGGACCCGAUGGUGAGCCUUUACCGUCUCGAGCCAUCUCAUUUGAACUUGGGGAACUUCGUAAUCCAAGUAUGACUGUUGAAGAUUUAGAGCCUUUUGGUCGAUCUCAUUCAAUGGAGACUCGCCAACCUCCAGUAUCUGUUACAAUUACUUCACCUCGACCAGAGAGACGAGCUUUCCUCCUUAGAGGAGCUGGUAGUGAAAAGUCUUAUGAUUCAAUGUAUGAAUCAAGCAUCAAUACUUUAUCAGUUAAUGUUCCAACCCUCCAUAUAAAUGAUAAAACUGUCACAACUUCAAUUCAGGUUCCUGUGCUUAGUAAGCAAUCACAGUCUCAGCAACAAUUACAACAACAACAAUUAUUGCAAUAUCAAUCAACAGUUAAACCUUCAGCUUCACCUCCAUCAUCAUCUUCUUCCUCUUCUAAUGCUCCUCGCCAACGAUCUGUUUCACCUCGAUCUCUUCAACGAUCACUUCCGAUCUCAUCAGGCUAUCCAGCUGCCAAUAAACCACCUUUGGUUAAAAUGAAAAACAUUACCGGUUUAAAGGUUCACUCUGCUCCACCUUCAGAAGGUCCUUCACCGGUUCACUCGUUUGACUCAGAGGCUGGAAUGGGAGAAGGUUAUCCAAUUUCUAGUGCCUUGGCCGGAGUCGAUACAGUUGAAGGUUAUGGAGCGCCUUUAAUCCCACCAAGCUCCGGAAUGGCGGGUUACAAUACCAGUAUCAUCUCGAUUGGAGAGAGUAACAGUCCUGAAUUUUAUUAUACCUAUGAAACAUCAACACUUUCUCCGGGAAAAGGGACAAGUGCUGCAACUGCCAAUGAUCCAAGUGAGGAUGAUUUGGAUACUGCGAAAAGUCGUUUACACCAAAAGCGAAGUGUUCGUGGAGAAAGACGUUACCAUACCGCUGAUUCAAUUGAAAACAUUAAAAAGGAAAAGGACUCAUCGAUCCAUAAAAGAUUAUCUUGGAAUUUUGGACAACAAUCUUCUGGUGGUGGUCGAGGAUGUGGUCAUGGAAGUGGAUGCCCAAGUUCAGGAUCAGCUUGUGGCUCUGGGCCUAGUGGUAGUCAUGAUCGAGUUUUAUGUAAUAAACAUUUUAACAAAUGUCUAUCAUCUGAAUCAGUCUAUACCUCAUCUGGUUUCAGUUCAACUGGAAGCGUUCCAUUAUCGGUCAACAGUUGCGAAUGUGAACAAUGUGGAAUCGAGAUUUUAGGUCAUAUCCAAGAAAUGGAACCUUCAGCAGAAAGUCCGACAACCUCGUUAGAUCCUGUUUCCUCAGAAGAAAUGAAAAGAAAGACCUUAUCCAAUGUUCAUCCAUCAUCACCAAGAAAAGUAGACCCCAGUGAUUCAAGUGGCAGUGGUCACGGGGAAACUUCCAAGUCAACAACUGGUGCUAACCCUGUAAUUGGACCUUCUGACAUUAAAAUUGAUGUCAGUGAGGUUAAAGACGGCAUUUCUUCAGUGCAGAUAACUCUGAGUGGAACAAAUAUCGGAAAACCUUCAAAGAAUGAUCUUAAAAAGAUGAAAGAAUUUCUUUUAACCAGUUUGGAAGCAUCUGAAGUCUGAUAUUAAAUGGUCCUAGGAACAACCAUUGAUUCCGUUUAUGAUUAAACCUCUAUUGAAAUUACCAAAUCGAAGAUUGACCAGCAAAAAAUCAAAGCUGAUUGAUUUUAUGCUUCUCGACUUUACUAUCAAGGCUAUUUAUAUCACAAACCAAUGUAAUCAAUAUUAUGCAUAUGAUUAUUAUUACUCCAAAUUGAUAUUCUGUAAAACCUUCUCAAGACAAAAAGUAAUACAAAUUUUUUCGCAACAAAACCAAAUUACUUCGUAAAACAAACAAAUUUUAUUGUAAAUAUAUAUAACAAAAACAACCAUUAUUAAAGAAACAAACAACAAAUAA